AUAUCAAAAAUUUAUUAUUUUAUCUAUGCCUUAAAUUCCGCUUUGUAAUCAUCAGAAGCAGUCAUUGAACAGUUGAAGAUUUUAUUGGAAAUAUAGAAUUUUAAAUGGGUCAGAAUCAAUCUGGAGGUGGAAGCGGCGGAGACAAGAAAGAUGACAAAGAUAAGAAGAAGAAAUACGAGCCUCCAAUCCCUACUCGGGUGGGCAAGAAGAAGCGUAAAGCAAAGGGACCUGAUGCCGCAUUAAAAUUACCUCAAGUGACACCACACACAAGGUGUCGGCUCAAACUGCUGAAACUAGAAAGAAUAAAGGAUUAUCUUCUCAUGGAAGAAGAAUUCAUUCGCAAUCAAGAAAGAUUGAAGCCACAGGAGGAGAAAAUUGAGGAAGAAAGGUCUAAGGUUGAUGACCUUAGAGGAACCCCCAUGUCUGUGGGCAACUUGGAGGAGAUUAUUGAUGACAACCAUGCUAUAGUAUCUACUUCAGUGGGCAGUGAACACUAUGUCAGCAUUCUGUCCUUUGUGGACAAGGAUCAACUGGAGCCUGGAUGCUCUGUUCUGUUGAAUCAUAAGGUUCAUGCUGUAGUAGGUGUUCUUGGUGAUGACACAGAUCCUAUGGUGUCUGUCAUGAAGCUUGAGAAGGCUCCUCAGGAGACCUAUGCUGAUAUUGGAGGACUUGACACUCAGAUACAGGAAAUUAAGGAAUCUGUGGAACUGCCACUAACUCACCCUGAGUAUUAUGAGGAGAUGGGUAUCAAGCCUCCUAAGGGUGUGAUCCUUUAUGGUCCUCCUGGCACUGGUAAGACCUUGCUUGCCAAAGCUGUGGCCAAUCAGACCUCUGCCACUUUCCUGCGAGUAGUGGGCUCUGAACUCAUCCAGAAGUACUUGGGAGAUGGACCCAAGCUUGUUCGUGAAUUGUUCAGAGUAGCAGAAGAACAUGCACCUUCAAUUGUUUUCAUUGAUGAAAUUGAUGCAGUAGGAACCAAACGUUAUGAUUCUAACUCUGGUGGUGAGAGGGAAAUUCAGAGAACUAUGUUGGAGUUACUUAAUCAACUUGAUGGGUUUGAUUCACGAGGUGAUGUUAAAGUUAUAAUGGCGACAAACCGUAUAGAAACAUUGGAUCCUGCUCUGAUUCGUCCUGGUCGUAUUGACAGAAAGAUUGAAUUUCCUCUGCCAGACGAGAAGACUAAGAGAAGGAUUUUCACCAUUCACACAUCCAGAAUGACCCUUGCUGAUGAUGUCAAUCUGUCUGAACUUAUUAUGUCGAAAGAUGAUCUCUCUGGUGCCGACAUUAAGGCUAUCUGCACAGAAGCUGGUCUUAUGGCGUUACGUGAGCGUCGUAUGAAAGUUACUAAUGAAGACUUCAAAAAGUCCAAGGAAAGUGUCUUAUACCGCAAGAAGGAAGGCACUCCUGAAGGGCUUUAUCUAUAAACUGUUUUCCAUAGAUGUUUACUUUUUAUUUUACAUCGUCUUCAAAUAUUUUACGCGUAAUAAAUGUGUCGUAUGAUUAAUAAA